CUCUUGAAGAAUAUAGUGAGCAACCUGUACCAUCUUAAAAGUUCAAAAUAUAUACCACAAACGUUUGAAGAUUUCAUUGAAAAGGAAAUAAAUUCAGACACAUCAUGUUGCAAGUUCACUGUUGACCAAGGGUACUAA